CGCGAUCGUCUCCUGCCCAUGGAAAACUCAGUUGAAGCGACUCGUUGUUUUCCUGCUCAAGUGUUUCUUGUGUUUGCUGACAACUCUAAGCUUCCCUUGCCCCCGCUAGUCGCGGUAAGGGAAACGCUGGAACAGCACCACGACCUGACUUUUUCGGCCCCCAAACUCCAUUCUAAGGUGUUUACGUUCUGCACUUGCAAAAUUUCUCGCUUCGCAUUUCCCGUACACGGAUGUCAGAAGACGGAACGUUACGGUUAUCGCCAGCAAAAAAAAAGGGCAGGGAUGCGCCGAAAGCCACGAGGAACUGGCUCUGUCUAGGGGAGGCCGUUUCCGCCAUCUACUCCAGAUGACAAUUCGACGAUCAGUUCCUUAUGCUUGUCAACCCAUCGUCAUGAUCUGGGCUUCUUAUGCACACGCGCCCACAACGCCGUGACUAAAGCGGGUCAAGCCAUAAUAUCUUCUUUAGAAAAUGGUCCUCUCAUUGGCUGAACCCAUUCAUCCCUCUCUCCCAGCUCUGUGGGCUAAUCCGGAGAUCCUCUGCACGACAGGCAACAGAGGACAUUGCCUACACAUAAGGCGCUGUUGCACGCUGUCAUAGGUCCAUUUGCCUGCCAUUAUUCUUGACCUUUCUUCUCAGAGCGUGGGAUUGUGGUCGCCGUCCUACGAAAAACGGAGAUUGCUUCAAACCGUCCAUUGCCCUAUGCCCUGACGAGAGUCAAGUCUGUUUUUUUCUUUUCUCCAAAGAGGCUGCAAGCUCUAGGCACCGUCCACCCGUCCCUUCGUCGUUCUUUUUUGGUACACGCCUUCUGGAAGCACUCGCUCAGCCUCCUUGAGCCUAGCGGUCUACCUUCUCUGGACGUUGCCGUCUUGCUGGUCCAGUCCACAAAGCGUCGGGCCGCAGUCCUUCAUCAUUGCUUGGCACCCGUUUAACCGUCCUCAUUGGCUACACACCCUGCUUCCGCCCCCUUUGGUCGUUAUUAACUUGCAGACGAAUUUUGGUAACGUACUUAUGAGGAGCAUUUCGUCCUCUUUCCCGGGCACCAUUCUGGUCUAUGUAUAACAUGGUAUCUGAGCCAUGCUGGACCAUUGGAUCGAUCUAAGUCGAAAGGCGUGCUGCAAGAACUCGAAUUGGGCAACCUAUCAGAUAUCACUGGGUGUGACCCUUGGCUCGAGAGUACAAGGACGACAGUCCAGGCAUCGAGAGAGAGUAGAGAGAGAGAGAGGGAAGGAGAGAUCACGGGAUAUCAGGCAGCGCAGGCUUUGCAGAAUACAAAUCGAGAUGGAAGUUGACUCCCCAAGGCUCUCAUGAAUCCCAAGUCUGGUUUCAUGCUCUAUCUAAUGGCAAACUCAAAGAUGCGCGUUGCCGUUGCCGGGACAAACACAUUGGCCCUCAUGAUAUCGCAUGCCAUCGUCACGGAGACUAGUCACAGUCUGGUAAUCUUAUCGAGACAGGCACAACCGAACCUCACGAGUCAGGGCUACCAGGUCCUCGUCGUGGAUUAUAAUGACCAAAACUCGAUUCAACACGCAGUGACUGGAGUGGACACCGUUAUAUCGACCGUGACAGGACUGCCUGAAUUACGGCUCUUGGAAGCAUGUGUCGCUCAGCGCGUCAGGAGGUUCGCGCCCGCAGAAUUUGAAGGUCGACCAUCAGCUCGACCAAGUAAUGAUCCACUCGACAGGGGCAAAAAAACAAUCUUGGACUGGCUCGACUACUAUAAGUCAAGUGUCGACUUGGAAUCUACCGUCUUCGUUUGUGGCGUUCUGUACGAACGCUUUGGACCUGGUGGACUUGCCGCACACCGACUUGGGCUGAAUACCAGCCUUUGUAACGAGGGGGACUACAUCAUUAAUUGCCGCACAAUGGAGGCGAAUGCACCAGUGUACAAUGCCAACAACCAAGCUAAUGUCUAUGUGUGCAUGAUAGGGGUUCAAGAUGCCGCCCGCUUCAUCACUCGGGCUCUUGAUCUCGCCCGUUGGCCUCGAGAAAUGACCAUGGCUGCGGAACGUAUGACGGUCAACGAGAUUAUAGACACAGUAGUCCGUGUUCGCGGUACGCCACUCACAUCUGAGACUUGGCAUUCCCCAGCAACUUUACGGCACGAGCUCCAACUUGCAGAAAUGUUCAAUGAUAUCCCUCGACAGAUGCGGGCUCAUGACCACCUCGCCACCAUUAACGGCCGCUACGUUUUCUCGGCCCCAGGCAAUCUUCGCAAUUCUGCCAUAACGCGGGACAUCGUUCCCGUCCGGUUUGAAACGUGGUUACGCAGCGUUUGGGCCGGCCAUGUCCAUGUCACUGAACCUUGAUAUGAACAAAGGAUACGUUGUCCUAUGACUGGAUGACUUGCACAGAGUUGCACCGGAGAUGCGUUACUCACUUCUUUGAUUUCAGUAUGACGAGUUUUCUACUCCGCUUCGAACGAGGGGAAUUGUUCGCUUGAUUCUUCUAGAUGUGUUUGAUUUUCAUUUUUGGAUUUUUCUUAGAUUAUGGACGCCGCCCUUCUCUGUCAUUCUCAAGGAAAAGGUAUUCCUUCACGUUCAUAGUCAGACACAAAAGUGCCCAUAGCGUUUGAAGAUGUUUAGCGAGUUAUGUGUUCAUUGCAAUAUUCACCCGUGUUCGGGGGGAACAAGUGUCUAGUUCUGGUAAUGCAUGUACGACGAUAAGAGGCGUUCGGCUCCCAGGUUCUCGGGAGAAUACGAUGUAGCUAGCGGCUUGCCGCAUGCCAGAUUUAGAUUAUGCCAGAUAUCAGCUGCGGUGUUUCAUGGCACGAACGCGG